UUAUUUUGUUUUGGCUGUUUGUUGGCUUCCAGGAGGGGAUCUGAUGCAAGGGCAACUGUUUGUUGUAUUGUCCUUUGCGUCUUUCCCUGAGGAGAGGUACCAACUUCUGCUGCGAGUAUCUAGGAGGCUGAGACUUUCUCUUAUCUUGAGCCGGUGUUGCAGAUGGUGAUGAGGCCGCCACGGUUGGAUCGGGUACAGACCAUGUUCCUCCUUCUGCUAAUUUUGAGCGUGGGAAUGCAGCUUCAUCGGACAGCAGCUUUAUUUACAGUGACGGCCCCUAAGGAACUGUACACAGUAGACUAUGGGAGCAAUGUGACCCUGGAGUGUCACUUUGACACUGGAGGUCAUGUGGAACUCAAAAACUUAAAGGCCAGUUUGCAGAAGAUGGAAAACUAUACAUCCUUGCAGAGUGAAAGAGCCAGCUUGCUGGAAGAGCAGCUGCCCCUGGGGAAGGCCUCAUUCCACAUCCCUCGAGUGCAGCUGACGGACGCGGGCCAGUACCGCUGCCUCAUCAUCUACGGCCUUGCCUGGGACUACAAGUACCUGACUCUGAAAGUCAAAGCUUCCUACAAGAAAAUAAACACUUAUUUACUUAGGAUCCCGGGGGUAGAUGAGGUAGAGCUCACCUGCCAGGCUGAAGGUUAUCCGUUGGCAGAAGUAUCCUGGUCAAACAUCAGUGUUCCUGCCAACACCAGCCACAUCAAGACCGCUGAUGGCCUCUACCAGGUCACCAGCAUUCUGCGCCUCAAGCUGCACCCUGGAGGGAACGUCAGCUGUGUGUUCUGGAAUGCUAACAUGGACGAACGUUUUUCAGCCGUCAUUGAAUAUGGUGGCAAAGAACCUGACACCUCUUCAAACUGGCUGCUUCAUGUUUUCAUCCCUUCCUUCAUUAUUGUUCUGAUCUUCGUAGCUACAAUGAUAGGCCUAAGAAAACAGCUCUUCCAAAAUCUUCCUUUUAGAAAAGACACAACAAAAAAAUCUGUUGCCGCCAUAAGGAGGGAAGUGGACAGAGCUAUCGGUCCUCUUGAUCUGCAGGAGCGUUCCCUGGGAGCGGCCUCAGCAUCUGUCUUGAGUUUCAUGAGCUCCAGGCUUUGUGUAAGUGUUUCCUUCAGUUGCUGAGUGUGAGGAGGAUAGAGUGAAAAGUCCCAAGAGCAGAGGUGGUAAAGUCAGAUGCCCACAGGGCCAGGCAGGUGCUGAAGUGAGGAAAAAGGACAUUCUUUAACCAGAUCGGGAAUGGUGACAAAAUGGAGGGCUAGUGCUGUCAAUUUAGCACUAGCCUAAGGCUGUCCGAGAAGAUGGAAAUCCAAAACUUUAUAUAAAAUGUCCUGAAAGUAUUUCAAAUCCCAAACAAAGCAAAUAAAACAUCUCCGUAGGCUAAUUGAGCCUAUUAAUGACCAGUUGCAGCCUCUGUCCUAGAGAGAAAGUAUUGUAUCUGGGUAACGAAGGCAGAACCGUCUGUCUGAGGAAUGAGGGAUGCUCAAAGGCUUACAACCAUUUCAAAUGUCCCAUCCUAUGGCCCCCACAUGGUGUGAAUAUUGUACUGUUUAUAGAGUGAUUUCUUUGGAUUAACAGGGUACC